AUCUUCCUCACAGCUGUGAAUUCGGAUAACAACUCCUCCAUCAACAGUAUCACAAAACCUGAAUCAUUUGGCAUCUUAUUAAAAAAGAACAGUUACUCAGCAAUGGCUUCCGAGAUCCCAGAGAAGAAGGAGGAGCAGCACUCGACAAGCGAGCUGUUCUCGAGCGCCAAGGUGGUGGCAGAGACGGCUCAGGCAAACAUCAGUGGGGAGGCAGACAAGGUGGACAAGGCAAAAGCUGCCAAUGCGGCCAGAGACCUUCUUGACGCUGCUGGCCAGUAUGGCAAGCUUGAUUAUCAGAUUAUCACUUUUUUAGCUUCAGUGAAUUUGAAGAAACUGAUGAAGAAUCAGAUCUUGAUGAAUAAGGCCCAUGUAAUUAUUAGUUACCUAGAUAGAAGGUUUGGACUUUGGACCUGUUUGAAUUGAAGCUGCUUGGUCUGAAAUUUGUAUGUAUCUAGUUUGUAGUCAUCUUUGCUUUAUCGUUGUGAAUAAUUCUCGUUCUCUGUAUCAACUUUUGGUGUAAAGUACUUCUGUUAAUUCUAUUUGGAUGCUUAGAAUAAUAGAAUUGCAGAUUUUUGGGCAUACAUUGAGAUGUAGAUUGUUGAGUACAAUGCUUAGAGAAUGUGCCCUUGUAAACAUUAUUUCUCUCACGUGCCUCG